CUGGAGAUAUGUGGUAUCCUGCUCUUGCGACACAAAAUAGUAAUAAGUGUGAGACAUCUGAAAAGGAUAAUGGCAAUGAUGGGACUUAAAAGACGGAUGCUGCAAAACACUGUUGAGGCAUCUUGUGUUAUCAUGGAAGAACUGCAGGGAAGUGGUUCUUCUCUUGGAUGUCGUGGAUUACAGCGUCGUCUUUUAUCACAUCAUGGACUUGUGGUUUCAAGAGAACAAGUUUUAGCCAUUCAAAAGGAAUUGGACCCUAUUGGUGUUUUGGAAAGAAAACAGAGGCGUCUAAAGAGAAGAGUAUAUCAUAACAAAGGACCUAAUUAUCUUUUACAUGUGGAUGGGUAUGAUAAGCUUAAGAGGUUUGGAUUUGCUAUUCAUGGAUGUGUUUGUGGAUUUUCAAGGCGUGUGUUGUGGCUAAAAGUAGGCAGAUCAAACAAUGAUCCCAGGGUGAUCGCUUCAUAUUUUUUGGAUUUUUUAAAAGAAAUUAAAGGAGUUCCUAGGUGUAUCAGAUCAGAUGAAGGAACAGAAAACUGUAUCAUAGCUGAUUUUCAACGGGCCUUUCGGUGGUACCAUGAUGAUGAUAUGGCUGGGGAGAGAAGUUUUCUAACAGGAUCAUCACCUUCAAAUCAAAGAAUAGAACGAUGGUGGUUGUCAAACAAACAAGGUGGUGGACAAUUCUGGAUUGAGUUUUUUAGCAAUUUAGAGCACAUAGGAAAGUUUUCCACCACAAACCAUGUUCAACUGGAAUGUCUGCGAUUCUGUUUCACAAAACUUGUUCAAGAUGAUCUAAAUAAAUGUGCUCAAGAGUGGAAUCAACACAGAAUUCGACACACAAAGUCUGCAGGACUGCCUGGUGGAAAACCAGAUUUGAUGUAUUAUCUUCCAGAGUUAUAUGAUACACACAAUUUUAAGAUGGAGAUAGACAUUGCUGAUGUGGAUGCAGCUGAAGAAUUCUGCAUUCGCCAAAGUGCUUUUGGAUGUUUACCAGACUUUGAAGAGGAAUGUAAAAACAUUAUACUUGAAAAUUCCCUGUUGUUGCCAACAAAUUAUAGUGAAGCACUUGCUUUGUAUGAAUGGCUCAUAUCUUACUUAAAUGCUUGAAUAUGAUAUAAUUUUUUGCUGAUGAACACCAUUUAAUUAUCCAGCACAUGGCUGUAUG